CCUCUUCCUUUUGCUCAUUUUUCUCGUGCUGCUACAUACAUGUAUAGUAUAUAACUACUUCACACAACUUCUCCAAUCCCAGCAUUGGAUCUAACUUCUUCCUUGCCCUUUUAUUCCCCAUUCGAUCCAUUCCCUUUUCUUAACGCACGUAAAUUAUUGCAUAUUUUGAGAAGCGAAAAUGGCACGAAAGAAGAUCAGAGAGUAUGACUCUAAAAGGUUGUUGAAGGAACACUUCAAGAGACUCUCUGGCAAGGAGUUGCCCAUCAAAUCUAUACAAGUUACAAAGUACACGGAUUUGAAUGAGUUGGCAGAGAAGGAACCCUGGCUUUCAUCUUCAAAGUUGGUUGUGAAACCUGACAUGCUGUUUGGAAAGCGUGGCAAAAGUGGCUUGGUGGCCUUAAAUUUGGAUUUGCCACAAGUUGCUUCUUUUGUGAAAGACCGUCUUGGAAAACAAGUUGAGAUGGGUGGAUGCAAAGGACCUAUAACAACUUUUAUUGUUGAACCUUUCAUCCCACACAAUGAAGAGUUUUACCUCAACAUUGUCUCCGAGAGACUUGGGUACAGCAUAAGCUUUUCAGAGUGUGGAGGAAUUGAAAUUGAAGAGAACUGGGACAAGGUUAAGACUAUAUUUGUUCCAACAGGAGUGUCUCUUACAUCAGAGAAUAUUGCCCCUCUUGUUGCAACCCUACCCUUGGAGAUUAAGGGAGAAAUUGAGGAAUUUCUCAAGGUGAUAUUCAAUCUAUUUCAGGAUCUGGACUUCACUUUCUUAGAGAUGAAUCCUUUCACUUUGGUCAAUGGAAAUCCUUAUCCUCUGGAUAUGAGAGGAGAGCUAGAUGACACUGCUGCUUUCAAGAACUUCAAGAAAUGGGGGAACGUUGAAUUUCCAAUGCCAUUUGGAAGGAUUAUGAGUACUACUGAGUCUUUUAUUCAUGGAUUAGAUGAAAAGACAAGUGCAUCUUUGAAGUUCACAGUUUUGAAUCCAAAGGGCCGAAUCUGGACAAUGGUAGCUGGGGGAGGAGCUAGUGUCAUCUAUGCCGACACGGUAGGAGACCUUGGUUAUGCACCUGAGCUCGGAAAUUACGCAGAAUACAGCGGCGCACCAAAGGAAGAUGAGAUCUUGCAGUAUGCCAGAGUUGUAAUUGAUUGUGCAACUUCAAAUCCUGAUGGCGAAAAGCGUGCCCUUGUAAUAGGCGGCGGAAUAGCCAACUUCACAGAUGUUGCUGCCACAUUUGGCGGCAUAAUUCGAGCUCUAAAGGAGAAGGAGCAAAAGCUAAGAGAAGCAAAGAUGCACAUAUAUGUGAGGAGAGGAGGUCCUAAUUACCAGAAAGGUUUAGCGAAAAUGCGCGAACUUGGAGAGGAGCUCGGCAUCCCCAUUGAGGUUUAUGGACCUGAAGCCACAAUGACUGGCAUAUGCAAACAAGCAAUCCAGUGCAUUACAGCUGCUGCAUAAAUUAUAUACAAUUCUUAGUCCAGUCUAUUCUCAUUGCUUGUUUCUUGAUUCCUGGAUUCCGUUUCUAUUUCUCAUCAUUGAGGCAUUUGAUAAGUUAGAACUCAGUUUGUCACAAAUCUACAAUUCAGUGUAUCAUUGUGUAUAAUUCUGAGAGUACUAUCCUGAAAAUACAAUAGAAUAAUGUAAUUCAUAAUGUUAAGUCAAGUGCACAUCUAUGUUUCAUAUC